ACCGAUAUGUUUCGACUGUUCUUACGAAAAGUUUAUUAUUUUAAUAUUGCACGAUGGCGCUGGGAGUUCACUGGGGCUACGAUAUGCUGAAGCAAAUGGCCCUUGAAGGUGCCAACAGCUCAGACUUGGAGGAGCUAAAAGACAUUUAUUCCAACGAAAUUGGAUCCGCUAGGAAAAGGGAUCUCAUCAAAAAUAUAGAAGACCUAAUAGAUUGUCUGGAACGCAGUGAUGAAAUAAGCGAAGAGAAUGUUGAACCUCUUCGAAGCUUAAACAUAAAAAAUACCCAGCUGCAGGAGGCUAUAGACAGUUACCAAAGAACUGAGACAGCCAAAAUACCCAUCAAUUCCUACCAGGAGCAACGACUGGCUGAGGAGCUGCAACAGCAGUUGCACAUAGCUCCACAGCGUGCAGCCCAGCCGGCGGCAGCUCCGCAGAACUAUGUGACUGUGGCGCAGUUUACGGAUGCGAAGCGUGCUGCGAUCUUUAAAAGAAUAUCUCAAGAGUUGGGUCGCUCCUGGCGUGACUUGGGCCGCAAGUUGCGCAUUGGCGAAGGCGCAAUGGACGAGAUAGAGUUGCGCUAUCCGCAAGAUCUCAAAUCGCGCAUUCUGCGAUUGCUGCAGAUGUUCGAGGAGGACGAGUGCAAUGAUCCUCGGCUGCUGCUGGUGCAGCUCAGUCGGGCACUCGCCGACUGCGGCAGAAAUGACUUGCGACGCCGUGUCGAAGAAAUUAUGUCCCACUAGCUGCUACAAAUGUGAUUCCAAUACAUUGACAUGUUGCACGUAUUCAAUAUGAAGCGCAUGCCAUUUACCUGCAUUUUGCGAAUUAAAUUUCUUUUAUAAAUAAAUAGAAUUUCGUUUUUAA